GCGGCAAAGGUGUCGGUGCUGAGUGGCGACUUGCUAUGGCGACGGGAUGAGUGGAUCCGCUUCCGAAGCUGGGCUCCGUGGGGCUCGGGCAGGGGCGGGCGGCGGUGUCGGGAGCUGGCGUAGCCGGGGAGGGCGUACAUGUGGCCCGGCCUCACCUUCCGCGCUCCCGCGGCGCUGCCCACCGUGCCCCUCUCCGCAGGCUGGCUGCCGGCCCUGCAGCUCGUCCGCCGCGGCUCCAAGGCGGUCACCCGGCACUGGAAGGCCAUGCACUUCUAGCGCCAGAAGCUGAUGGCCGUGACUGAGUACAUGGCCCCGCGGCCGGCCGGCCCACUGCAGUGCCUGGCCCCCACCGAGGAGGAGCCUCAGGAGGGUGGGAGCAGGAGAGACAGCGGCCGUGGCUCCCGGCCCAUCGCUGCUGACUGCCCUCAGGACAACGGCUACGCGUGGCUGCUGCAGCGGCAGGUGCAGGAGGUGUUCCAGGACAACAGGAUGAUUGUCGUCUGUCAGUAAAACUCCAUGCCCGGCGAGGAUAUGGUACUGAUGAGGCACUACCUCCGCAAGCACAACAUCGAGGUCAAGUUCGUCCUGAAUGAGAUUGUCAGACCCAUGCUGUCACAGUCCAAGUACAAGAACCUUCUCCUUCUUUUCGUGGCGUGCAACAUCCUCUUGGUGAGCCCAGAAAGGAAGACAAGGGAGAUGCUGCGGGUGCUGAGGGGAGUCCCACAGAUCAACCUCCUAUGCGCCUACAUCGAUUACACCAUCCUGAGCAAGCAGAGUGUGGAGAGCUUCACCAAGCUGCCCUCGCUGGAGGCUGCCCAGGGGAAUGCACUGGGUGCCCUGGGCCUCCUGCUCCAGCGCUGCUCUGCGCACCUCACAGCUCUCCUGGACUGGGGGCAGUCCCGGUUCCUCGGCAUGUCCUGGGUGCUGGUGGCUCCAGUCAUCCAUGGUGCAGGGGGCAGAGCUGAGCGGCUCCGGCCCGAUGCCACCGCCUCCUUCCGUGUUCCAGUUCCUGCAGCCACUGGGCAGGAUGUGACCAAUCCCAGCUGCCCGCUCAGGCUGGGAUUUUGGGAACCUGUAUCCUGGUUUGGCAGGUGCCGGCACAGACCAGGGCUGAUCCUGGUCUCUGAACCCCAAGUCACUCUCUCGAUUGUGCCUGCCGCGGGGUUGCCUCGUGGCACUGAGUCCAUGGGUCAAUGGGGUGGGGCAGUGGGGCCGGACUCUGGACUCGCCAGGCAGGUGAGGACUGGGUGGCAGAGCUGAGAUAAGGCAGAGUGGGUCAAAGGCUCCUUCUCGUAUGGAAGUGUAGCAAUGUACCUGAAGGAAAAUGGAAAUGUGGCCCACUCAGACUUUGGUUAUAUGAGACCAUAAGCUGCAUGAGGCUCAGACAUAGGCCUCAGAUGCAGGCUCAGACUUUGGCUAUAUCAGACAGUGAACAAUGGACCUAAAGAAUAGUCAAGGACGAGUUGCUUAUUAGAAUGUAGAGAUAAAGGCAGCUACGUGUGUGGGAAAGAUACUGUGUAAGCUUAGAAUAGAAAUGAGAUAGAGAAGGAAUUAGGUAAAAGAAUGUAGAAACUGCUGCUAUCAAGAUACUAACAUAGUUAAGCUUAACAAAUCAUAUUCUGCUAUUAGGCACGUGAACAGAGCAUGAUCGACUGAGCUAUCCAAUCAGAAUGCAUCAUGCAUGUAGGAAAUAAUAACAUAUAUAAUGUGAUUGAAUGCAAAAAUAAAUGGCUUCUGCAUUGAU